UCUCUCUCAUUCAUUCACUAUUUUAUUAUGUGGAUGAUAAUAGUUUUACUUUACAAACUGUACUUUUACUACUACAGUAAUAAAUAAUAAGAAGAAAAGAAAACAGGUUAGUCACAGACCAUCCCAUAGUAUAGUAUUAUAUGGGACGACCCAUUCUUAUUCUGAGAUAAUUAGUUCACUGAGAUUCAAGGGCAUUUCAACACGACCAGGACUUACCAAAGCUAGACUUUUCAACCCAAGAAAUCCUGUCACACUAUUCUCAUAAUAAGAUGCAAAAGGAAGCAGUUGACGUGUGAGCAACCUUUACCCCGCACCACACUGAAAUCAGAUAUCAAAGUCUCAUCAGGAUUCAAAAUGCGUUUGUCUUCACAGAAACUGGUCGGCGUGACAAUUGUUUUGAGCGCCAUAAUCUGCACCAUCACCUUAAAUAAAGGCCCUUACUAUGAUUUAAAAAAAAUAGUUAACAUUACCUUAACAGAGCAGUUUUUGCACAAAGAACCAUGUGCGUGUUUGGAAGGCUGCUUGGCUGCGACUGAAGAUGAGUGGUUUAAGAAACGCUUCAGAGAUGAUAUUCCACCUCUGCUUUCUCUCGAAAAUAGUGAACUACCCGACAACAUUUCUAUCUGGUGGCAGCAACUACAGUCGACCAAGACCAAGACUGAAUACAAGCAAGCGAUUGAGGAGCUGUUCGAAGUCAUUCCCAAAGAGGGACACUACAGAGACGCCGGACCACAUCGCUGCCGAACCUGUGCCGUGGUGGGAAACUCUGAGAACCUUUUAGAAUCGCACUACGGCCCACUUAUAGACAACAAUGACUUUGUAAUGAGGAUGAAUAAGGCACCAGUUAAAGGCUUUGAAGAUGAUGUGGGAUCGAGGACCACCCACCGAAUUAUGUACCCGGAAAGUGCCGUCCAUCUGGAUAACACCACAAACCUGGUGCUCUUACCUUUCAAAAUACUGGAUAUCCAGUGGGUUACCAGUGCUCUUACCACUGGAACGAUUAAAAAAACACGGUUUAAGGUUAUAGACAAACUGCAAGCCAAUAAAGACAAGGUUAUGGUUAUGCAUCCUACUUUUAUGCACUAUGUGCACACCUCAUGGCUGCAAAUCAAGGCUCGACGUUCAUAUCCAUCCACGGGUUUCCUUGCCCUGAUGUUUGCGCUACACGUUUGUGAUGAGGUCAACGUAUUUGGAUUUGGUGCAAACAGUAAGGGGACCUGGAAUCACUAUUUUGGAGGAUUGCCCAAACGUUUCAAGGGGACUGGUAAACACAGCGGAGGUCUUGAGUCCACUGCCAUUAAAGAACUGACAAAAAGGAAUAUAAUCACUAUAUACAAAGGGUGGUGAGGAGGACUGUGAUUAUCAUGAAUGUGUUUAAUUUAUUAUUAAUAUUUAACCUGUUCUGUUGUAUAUUUCUCAUACUGAUUACUUUGAACAUGCACCGUGCGUGAGCAGUAUGCACAAUACAUGAAUGCUCACAUUGUUACUUGAUUGAUAAGAGCUUUUAAAAUGUGAGCUCUCAUAAAGUUGUCAGAAAUAUGAACACUAAAGCUUAUAACUUGAAAUGAAUGUUCAAUAUGAAACUUGAAAAUUCUGUUAGCAUUAAAAUAGCAAUGUUACAGGUGCUUUGUGGAACCAGGCAGGCAAAGGAGGAGACUUUAUUUUUAAGAGUGGAGAUUUUGCUCAACAGAUCCACAUAGGAAAGUCAUACAAGUUUGAAGUUAAGAGUAUAGUUCACCCAAAAAGGAAAUUUUCACCCUCAUGUCGUUCCAAACACAUAAGACCACAUCUUCGAAACACAGUUUAAGAUAUUUACAGUUUCUGACCCUCCAUUGAAAACCCAUGUACGAUAUACUGUCCAUGUCCAGAAAGGUAAUAAAAACAUCAUCAAAGUAGUCCAUGAUGUGACAUCAGUGAGUCAGUUAGAAUUUGUUGAAGCGUAGAAGAUAAAUUUUGGUCCAAAAUUACGACUUCAUUCAACAUUGUCUUCUCUUCCGGGUCUGUAUAACGUACAUAAAUUUUUCAAUGGAGGGUCAGAAAGCUCCCGGACUAAAUCUAAAACAUCUUAAAUGGAGGUCUUACGGGUUUGGAACGACAUGAGGGUGAGCCAUUAAUGACAUACAUUUUAUUUUUGAGUGAAAAUUUUCUUUUAAUGGUGACAGAAUUUUCGUUUUGUCUGAAUUGUUCAUAUUAGAUCUUCAGAAAAAAUGCACUAUAGGUCACUUUGGAUAAAAGCAUAUGUAAAAUGUAUACAUAUAAAAUGUUUAACCCUUUAAAAUAGACCAAAUACAGUGAGAUUGAUUCAGUGAUCAAAAUGUAUACCUUGAACUUGAUUUUUAACAUAAUUUUUGGGGGGUCCCAUAAUAUUUUGUUUACAGCACAGAUAUCUUUGUCAUUCCUAGAACAGAAAACGUAGUUUGUGUGAAGGAUUAUUUGCAGUCUAUGAUUUUCGAUCAGAUGAGUGUCUGUUGUAUUUUUUUUCGGUUUCUCUUGUAAAGCCCUCUUUCUCUAAUCUGUAUAAAGAGACAUUUCUUUGUUGACAGGAUCCAAGGAAUUUGAGUGCGUUUGAAGUUAAACUGGUUUUCACUGUCCUUCCUUACCACCAGCCUAACUUGCUUACAUUGCUUUCACUGUUUUAAAAAAAUAUUUGGAACCAACAUGAUCUCAAAAAGUCACAGUAUUUUUGCUCAUUUUUCCGUGGCAUUCUCACGGAUCUCCGCAUUUUUCCGUGGCCCUGCCACGGAUUGGUUACUCAACUGCUUUUUCCUAUUUUCAAACCAUUGUUGCUUUGGUUUAGGGUUAGAUUUGGUGUUUGUGUUAGUAUGUCAAUUUAAGUAUUGACUAAUACUAUUUUUUUAU